AUGUGUCAAGAACCAGAGCUCAAACUGUUGGAAUCUGAAAUAGAUAUACUCAAGGUCAAGGUCAAAGAAAUACAAAACCGGGUUGAACAGAUAGCAGGAUUUUGAGAUGAAUCUUGAAGAAGUUGAGGAAGCUUUGCAACAAAUAAACAACCAUCUCCUGACAGAUAAAGAAUUUUUCUUCCUCUACAACGUUUUGAACUUACCAGGAAGGGAGAGAAUCAACUUUAGAUUGUUUACAAUUAUAGCAGCUCUGUCAGAGAAGGUCACACAACUUGACCCUGUCAUAAGGAAACUCAUCAACAAUUUCAACUACAACGCUUUGGACAUCAAAAUGGAAAAGUGCAAGGAACUGUUUGAACUGCUAGAGACGGAGCACAUGCCUAAAGGGGCAGCACAAGCAGCUAGUCUGGCAGUGGAGCUGACUGCGGGCGGUCUAAAACCAGAACAUACCAGAUAUGUUCUCAACAAAUUUAACAGAGAAAACAAAGGAUUGAUUGAUUUCUUGGACUUUGUGACUUACGUCCCCUUGUUUGUGGAGAUCCAUAAAAGAAUAAUCAAUGACCCGUUGAGUAAAGAAUUUGAUUUAUAAAAACAUGGAUUGUA